AUGUUCCCCGAUGAGCUCAAGGGACUGACGCCGGUCGAAGAGAAGCUCAUCUCGCUGAACUCAUGUUACGGGUUUGGCCACAUCACAGUGUUUCCGAACAAUGUGCAGGAGCUGGCCACCAAGUGCUCCCGCACCCCUUUGCAAGCACUGGACGAGAUCCACAUCUCGUGGCAGGGCGCGGAGAAGCCGGCACCGAGCGACCUGUCGAGUCUCUUGUCGGUGAGGCGGCGGGUGGUCGAGAGGGCCCUUGUCUGGCUGAAGCGGAACAACCCCCACUACGCCGAGAUCGAGAUCGACGCGGCGGAGAUGGAGAGCUGGGGAGACUCGAUACACGGGGUACCGUCGUCGGUGUGCGAUCGUAUGGAGCGGAACGAGCCGUCUGGGUGGGAGAAAGCGCGGACGGCGCACGUUGUGCCGCCCACGGAACGCGCCGUGGACGAGGAGGGCCGGUGGAGAUCGAGGAGCUCUUCGCCCUGCUCAACCAAGGACAAGAAGCCGGCGGCCAGGAACGUUCCAGCGAUCAACGAGGUGACGUCUUCUGGCAUGUUCGCGCUCGACGGACCGCCAGACGUCGCGGACGUGGAGAAGCUGCAGUUUGCCUGUGACGCUGUUGGUGAAGGUGCCGACGACGGCCGUGCGGGCCAGAGCGUGGGUCGGGUCCCUAGCCGGGGUUCGGGGCGUGGCGACGGUGGUUGUGAGCCAUACAUCCGGGUUUCGCGGGGUGAGUUUACCGAUUCCUUUGAGGCGUCCUUCUUUGCCAGGACGUUCCCGACCCUGUUCCCAUUUGGCGUUGGGGGACCAAGGCUGGUUGAAGAGACCAUGGUCGACGCGGGGAAGGUCACGGCCAACUUGCGAGGCAGGGCUGUCGAGGCGUGGGCCGAGAUCGUGCUCCGGCGCCAUGGUGGUCGAUUUGCACUGCACCACAUCUUCGCAUUUCUCGUCUUCAACAUGGGGGUGCGGUCGAGGAACCGCCGGGUCAGCAUGUUGAGUGUGGGGAGGAAGAACUUCCGCAAGGUAGAGCGCAUCGUGCGUUCGAUGACCACAGAAAGGCUAGCGGCGGCGAGGGUCGAGUUGGAGAGCUCGGGUAAGACGACCGAUGGUGACGUGAAGGAGCUUCUCAGGAGCCUCUCGCUUUACGGCCACCGGCAGCCCAUGAGAGAGGUCCGUCUCAAUAUGCGGCGGAAAAUCCAGUCGCUCAUCGUCGGAUAUGGCGUGCCGGCCAUCUGGUUCACCAUCAACCCGAACGACAUUACGAACCCGGUGAAGCUGCGACUGGCGGCAUACCGCACACGCGAUCCCGACGCGGCCGAGGAGUUCUUAGAAGGCCUUGGGGAUGCGUAUAAGCGGGCACGGCUGGCGAUAUCGGAUCCCAUGAGCUCGGCCGUGUUCUUCCACCGCGAGAUGAAGCUGUUCUUCGAUCAUUACGUGAAGGUCGGUGAAGACUCGAUGCUUGCCGACAUCCACGGGGAGGAUCAGGCGGCGUAUCGCGAGCGAAUCGUCCGAUACAUCGAUAGCGUCUUCUCAGAGGAUCUGGACCAGGAAAGUUUUUGCGCCGUGCAAGCGGAGCGAUCUGUGACGGGCGGUAUUGGUUCCCUGCUGGACAACGCCGCGCAGUUCUCGGCCGCGUUUAUCGAGGAGGCCAACUUCUGUGCCGGCGCGACGAGGGCGGAAAGGGGACCUCUGCCGGUUCAAGGCGCCAUGGAGAUCCGGAGGACACACAGCAUGGUCAAUCGAUGGAACGAGGCUAUUGCUGUCGGGCUCCGGCACAACCAUGAUAUUUCCUUCAUUGCGACGCAGCGCAAGACAAUGGCCCUCAUCUAUUAUGUCACGAACUACGCGACCAAGGUGGAGGACCCGGUGUGGAAGCGUGUGGCGGCCGCGGCCGAGCUCCUGGCCGCCUCAACAGGGAACAGGACGCGACAGUUCCUGAUGAGAGUGGCGAACCGCGUGUUCACGGAGCGUCCGCUAUCACAGGUCGAGGUCGUCGCUCACCUUCUCGGAUAUCCGGCCGAGUUCACCGACAGCAGCGCGUGGGCGUACCUGAACUGUUCUCUGCUGUACUGGGAAGUCUUUCGGCGAUGGCGGCAUCUCCGAGAAGCCAGUGGCGCUGCGGCUAUGGAUGACACCUUGGAUGAGUCGGUGCUCAGGCGGCCGGGCAAGCACGCUACCGUCUGCCUCGACGGCUACCUGAGCAAGGACUUCACCUACGAUGACGAGUCGUGCUACCGGAGGGCAGCCGUGCAGCAUCUUGCGCUGUUCGUGCCGUGGAGUCCUUCCUGGGCGAAGGAACAGCUGCUUCGACGAUCCGCCGAAGACGCAAAACGCGACGCCAAGCAAUGGGCAGCCUCGUCCGGCGAUGGCGACCCGACGGUCGCACACGUCGAGGAGGGUGGAGCAGGCGAGGCGGGCGCGGAGUCUGCAGCGACAUAUCAGCCCAACAGCAUCGGAGACGCAACGCGGCUCAUCGACGUCGUCCGAGGUGCAGUGGGAGCGAAUCAGGUGACGGCCAAGUCGCCGGAGCUCAUGGCAAUGAUACAGCAGCUCUGUCGGUUUCAGCAAUCGGCGCUGCGCUCGACGGCCGAGCUCGAGGCCACGGCGCUGAUCGAACGAGGAGAGGCGGUUAAGCAUUCCAGGGCGGGUAUUUUCCGGGGCCGCACUACCGCCGCAGGAUCAGGUCAAGGCUAUCAAGUCGCAGCAGUCCAUCGCUUUUCUGAUAAUAUGCCGCCAGCUCGAUUUGAUUCAGCAGACCGACGGGGCGAUGCCUGCCAGCUGCGCCAGUUCGUCGGUGGCGAGGGCGGUACCGGCAAGUCGCGAAUCAUCGAGGCACUCGUCGAGCUGUUCAGUAAAAGAGCCUUUCGAAUCGCGGAGCGGUUCAUCCACGGCCAGUCUCGAAUGGAUUGGCAGGAGAAGGAUGUGCUCGUCAUCGACGAGGUGAGCAUGCUCGGGGCGCGGACGCUGCACGCCGUGAACGAGCGGCUUCGCCGGCUUCGCGGAUCGCGGCAAGAUUUCGGGGGGAUCCCCAUCGUCCUCUUCUGCGGAGAUUUUCAGCAGUUCCGGCCGGUCCAAGAGAGGUCGAUCGUCCUGCCUAGCGCGGCCAUCUCGUGGGACGUAGACAACUCGUUCAAGGCCGAGCAGCGUCACCAGCACGACAAAGCGCACGCACUGUGGAAGAGGUUCACGACGGUCGUCAUGCUGGACGAGCAGAUGCGCGCCGCCGGCGACCCGGAGCUGCAGAGGCUGCUGAAGCGGAUCCGUCUAGGCGUGCAGGAUCGGACGGAUCUAAACCUCCUCAACUCAAGGAAUCGGUGGAACCUGAACAUGGAGGCGAGCCUGGCGUUCCGGGUCCAGCAGCGGUCGACGAUGCGCAUUUUCAUCUCCGAGCACAAGUGGAAGGAGGAGCUGCCGACGGAGGAAGAGGCGAUCAUGAUACUCAACCAGGGCGACGAUAGCGCGAUCCCGGUGCCGGCCGUCUUCAUGUUCGUGGCCGGGAUGCCCAUCGUCGUGAACCACAACACCCACCAGGGGCUGAAGCUAGUGAACGGCGCGAGCUACUCGGCGGUGGAGGUCAUUGUCGACAAGGCGUACCCGGGGCAUCGGAUCUCGGCCGAUAUGACGAUCCACUUCGGGCCGCCGGCGGGGAUCAUUCUCGAAUCGGAGACGACGAGAUAUCUCCACUUCUGCCAGCGAAAAAGGCCGUGGCAACGCAACGACGUCAGCCGAAAGGGUUUGCCGUGCGCAGCAGCGUUCGCGUGCACGGACUACAAGGUGCAGGGCAAAACGCUGGAGCGCGUGGCCCUCGAGCUGCGAGGACACGGACGACGAAGAUGGAUGGAACGGUGGUGCCCUCGCAACGGCAUCAUGCUCGUGUCCAAGGUGCGGGACAGAGACUUGGUGGGCAACCGGGUCCCCGAGGAGAUGACUGCCGCACAGGCCAGGCUCGAGGUACUGAGCGAGAGGACCGUUGAGGAGGCGUUGCGCUGGCUGGACGGUGAUGCUGAAGAGUCAAGGCGGCCGCGCUAG